AGCCGCGCCAUUCUACAUCACAAACUCGCAUUUCUGAUCACUCUUGUGAUUAGUCAAUUUUUGGUUGAACUACCAAUGAAAACCAAUUUCACAAACGAGUGUUUGGCAAGACCGGAAGCGGAAGUGUCAAAUCCAGAAUUUUGUCACAAUGUUGGUUUUAGUGUUAGGAGAUCUUCACAUUCCACAUAGAGGUGCUGGAGUACCAGCCAAGUUCAAGAAGUUGCUGGUUCCUGGCAAGAUACAACACAUCUUAUGUACUGGAAACUUGUGCACUAAAGAAUCAUUUGACUAUCUAAAAACACUGGCGAGUGAUGUACAUGUUGUAAGGGGCGACUUUGAGGAGAACUUGAAUUAUCCUGAACAAAAAGUUGUUACAGUAGGACAGUUUAGAAUUGGUAUGUGUCAUGGGCAUCAGGUGGUACCCUGGGGAGAUAACGAGAGCCUCGCUAUGGUACAGCGCCAGCUCGAUGUCGAUAUACUCAUCUCUGGUCACACACAUAAAUUUGAAGCAUAUGAGCAUGAGAACAAAUUUUACAUAAAUCCUGGGUCGGCAACUGGAGCCUACAGCCCAACGGAGAGUAAUGUUGUCCCAUCAUUUGUGAUCUUAGAUAUACAACAGUCCACAGUUGUUGCUUAUGUUUACAAACUGAUUAAUGAUGAUGUCAAAGUUGAAAGAAUAGAGUACAAGAAAAACUGAAAAAACUGCAACCAGAGCAAAUCACAGGCAUAAAAUUGAGACAUUAACUUGUGGCGUAUUCAACUAAAGUGAAACUUUAAACGGGAUCAAUGUUAUAAGAAGUGUUUAAAAAUUGUGUCACAUUUUCAUUAGCUUAUUCUUGAGGUUAUUAACGAUGAAUCCAAUUUUGCAGGAAAUAUCUGCCUGUUACAUUUUUUUCUAAUUUGUUAAAUUUAUUUUUUUGUCUACUUAUUUUAUGAAGUGAGAUUUUCCAACAUACAUUUAAAUCCUUGACCUGCUGAAAAUUGUGUAAUGGAUUUGCCCUUCUUUGAAUUUGGAAAAGUCCAUUCUAAGCUUAAGGGAUUUCUAGAUGAAAUUAUAAGAAUUGAGCUACCAGCAAUAUAGAGCCUGGUGAGAUUGCACAGACGUGCAGACUGGCCUCGCUUUAUACUGGUGGUAAUGGCUUAACACGUCUGGGCUCCAGCAGGUUAAGGGUUCGAGUGAGUACCGUAACCUAUACAGUUGCACAUUCUGUACAAUAUGAAUGUCAACUGGUAGUCUUUUUUCAGUAAUAGCUUUAUAGCAAUAAAUCAUAAAAUUAAUUUACAUGUAACAAUAUUGUAACUUCAUUCAAUGUUCGAAAGGUUACAAAAGUCAACAUUUUUACUUACGUACAUUUUUAUUAAGUUUCCACUUCUAUUUAAGUUUCUUAGCUUGUAAACGAUAAAUAUGUCUUUAUCAGAUUGUAAGGAAUUUCACAAUUAUGUUGACAAAAAAAAUGUCUUGAUAUUCAUUACGUAACAAAAAGAUCCAGUGGGAGAAGUGUGCAAUAGUUUGUGUUGUAAAAUAACAUUAAUCAAUUCAGAAUUUUAAGAGUAUUUUGUUAAUACUCUGUAUAUUAAAAUUAACUUGUUUCAAAAUCAACUUGAAAAUUCACAUCAGUAUAAAUAAAUGUAUUUAUAUGUGUUUAAGUGAUCCUGUUGCUUUGGUAAUGGACCUUUCCAGUUUUUAGCAGUGAAAAGUUUAGCCCGGCCUUUUUUAUUCACUGCCUGGUCAAUUGUUCACUUGUUCACAAACAGUAUCACAAAAAAAUUAAGCGUUUUUUUGUGUAAACCAGUUCAACCAGUGAUUACACCACCUAAAUAUUAUCCCAGUGUAGCAAUUGGAUAGUCGGCUAACCAAUGAACAUAAAAUUUGUUAAAACUAGGAAGAUCCAAUUUUAAGCUCUCCAAUAUUUUUGAUGUCAAAAAUGAUAGUCCAAUUAUUUAAAUGUUUAUCUUCUAAAUGAGUUUUAUAUGAUAUGUAUAUUUUGUCUUGUUAAAGAGUACAAAGUGAAAAAUAAUAAAUACAUGUAUGUAAAAUUA